AUGGAUUUCGUCAUUGGAGGCCUGGCAGCCGGGGGAGCGUCGAUAUUCAGCAACCCCUUCGACGUGAUGAAGACCCGCAUGCAGCUGCAGGGCGAGCUGAAGGCCCGCGGCCAUCACCAGGUCAUCUACAGGAACGCCCUGCACGCCGGCUACCUCAUAGCCAAGAACGAAGGCUUCAGGGGCCUGCAGAAGGGCCUCGGCACGGCGCUGAUGAUGCACUUCGUCAGAAACAGCACGAGAUUAGGUCUGUACCAGUGGUUUCACAAAAACGGUUAUUUAACCGACGAUAACGGUAAAACUAUAUUUUACAAAAGCGCUGUAGUGAGCGCUGCUACGGGAGCUGCUGGCGCCUUCUUGGGCAGCCCGUUGUUCUUGAUAAAAACCCAAUUGCAAUCGCAAGCGGCCGAGCAAAUCUCAGUGGGCACCCAACACCGCCACAAAGGACUCUACGCCGCUUUUAGAACCAUCCACGAUAAAGAAGGAAUCGUGGGGUUGUGGAGAGGCGGCGUGGCGACUUGCAUGAGAGCUGUGGUGGGUUCUUCGGCCCAAUUGACUUCAUUCGCCAUUAGCAAAGACGUGCUAAGGGAGUACGAUGUAUUCCUGCGCUAUCCGAUCGUAGGUUCCUUCGUUGCGAGCUUUAUAGGCGGCAUUUUCCAGUGCCUGAUGAUGAACCCGUUCGAUUUGGUGUCAAUCCGGCUGUAUAACCAAGGAGUGGAUAAAAAUGGUAAAGGAGUGCUUUACAACGGCAUAGUGGACGCGUUUAUUAAAAUCGGCAGGAAGGAAGGUUUUAGAGGGUUUUACAAAGGCGUCACAGCCAGUUAUCUGAGAUUGGCUCCUCACGGUACUUUGUGUUUGGUGUUUUGGGACAUUUUGAAGGGUUUCCAAGAGAAAUACUUCGAUAGAUCGAAACGAUCGCUUCACGCCAGUUGA